GGGUGGGCAAAGUGGCCACUGCGGGCAUAGUGGCCACGGCCGAUUUCUCUGCCACGCAGUGCUGCUACGCAGCGGCCAACGCCUCAACUACUGCGCGAGACCUCCAUUAGUGUUCUGUAGCGUUGUGAAGGUGGUCAGUUUACGUGUUCGGAUUUUAUCAUCAAAUGUGUUGUUUUUCAAGUUGCUGAUGUAAGUUGGAGUCAUGGUGUCCAAAUACAAACGGAAAACCGAGCAGCAGUCUUGGGACCCUCAGGCGAUGCAACGAGCUAUCAACGCCGUGAGAGAUGGUAUGCCAAUGCAAACAGCUGCAAAAAAACUUCAAUGUGCCAAGAAAUACGUUGAAACGCCGGGUUUUAAAUAAGAACCAGCAUGCUAAGGAAACAAACAAAGUUCUUGGCCACUACCGUCCUGUUUUUAAUGCAGAACAAGAACAGCAUCUUGUAGAAUAUCUUUUAGAAAUGGAGGUACGAUUUUUUGGAAUCACUUUAAAUGAUUUGCGUAGUCUUGCUUACAAACUUGCAGAGCAAAAUAAUAUCACACAUAAUUUCAACCAUGAAACAAAAUUAGCUGGGAAAGAUUGGGUUAGGGGCUUUAGACAGCGCCACCCUGAAAUGGUGUUGAGAGUACCAGAGGCUACUUCGGCAGCAAGAGCCCAGGCUUUUAACAAAGUAAAUGUUACAAAGUUCUUUGACAUUUUAGAGGAUGUCCAGAAAAACCACUUAUAUCCACCUCACAGGGUUUUCAAUGUCGACGAAACAGGACUUAUGACUGUCCAGACUAAAUCGUCAAAGGUUUUUGCACUUAAAGGCAGACGACAAGUUGGCUCACUCACAUCUGCUGAAAGAGGUGUUCUCUCGACAUUUGUAGUUUCAAUGUCAGCAGGAGGGACUUUUAUACCUCCUAUGGUCAUAUUUCCAAGGCAGCGAAUGAAAGUUGAGCUGCAAGAUGGUUCUCCACCAGGGACAGUUUUUGCCUGCCAUCCAUCAGGGUGGAUGCAAACGGACAUUUUCACUCAAUGGUUUGAGCACUUUUUGCGCUUUGCUAAGCCUUCAAAAGACGACCCCGUCUUAUUGGUACUUGAUGGACAUGCAACUCACACAAGGAACCUUGACUUUAUCGAAAAGGCUAGGAAAAACCAUACAACUGUGGUUUGCAUCCCCCCUCAUUGCAGCCACAAGCUCCAGCCGUUAGACGUAGCGUUUAUGGGGCCAUUCAACACCUAUUAUGUCCAAGCAAUCGAGAGAUUUUUACGAAAUAACCCUGGUAGGCAAGUAACUCAAUACCAAGUGUCUCGUCUUCUCGGGGAAUCAUUUUUAAGUGCUGCUACUCCUACUGUUGCGGUUAAGGGAUUUAGAAGGUGUGGCAUAGUGCCAAUCAACAGGGAUGUGUUCACUGAUGCAGAUUUUGUUGCUUCUACAACAACGGAAAUUCCCAAUCCAUCUCAGUCACACCCAACAGCUGACAUCAAUCCAGUUUCACCGGACCCUGAUAAAGAUGGACCUGCUGAUGCCGAUCCCAAUGCAAGUGCAACAUCAGGGCCUGUUGAUCCCGACCCUAAUGCAAGUGCAACAUCAGGGCCUGUUGAUCCCGACCCUAAUGCAAGUGCAACAUCAGGGCCUGUUGAUCCCGAUCCCAAUGCAAGUACAACCUCAGGGCCUAUAUUAGGUUCCGGAGACCCCACAACAUUAUUUGUUCUCGUCUCUUCAAGCCCAAAUACCUCAAGCAAUGAACGUCCAUUAAAACCCAAUGCCUCAUCUGCCUUAAGCUCCAUGCCUAGUAGGCCUACCUCAUCUGCUUUAAGUCCAACCGCCAUACCCAGUACAUCAUUUGUUGUAAGCCCUCAAGAAAUUAUCCCGAUUCCUAAAACAAACAUCAUCAAACGACAAAAUAAGAGGAAAAAGGGUUCGGCUGCAGUGUUAACCUCAAGCCCUUACAAGGCUGAACUUGAGGCAGCGAAGGCAGAAAAGGAAAACAAAGAAAGACUGAAGAAAAUUAAACUGGAGAAAAAAGAAGAAAAAAAGAAGUUGGCGAACAAAAAAAAGAAGCCUGUCAAAGAGAAAAGGAAACCAAAAGUGGCAAAACGUGCUUUGUUUCUGAACGAAUCAGAUAGUGAUGAAAGUGACGCGGAUUGUUUGUACUGCCAGAACUUGUUCUCAAAAUCUAAAAGUAAUGAAGGGUGGAUACGGUGUUCGGGGUUGCCACAAAUGGGCACAUGA